AUGCACGCUCUGUCCCUUUUCUUGCUGUUUUUGACGCCGUUGCUGGCCAACGGUCAGCUCUCUGGUCGCGUUGGUCCUCUCACUUCUUCUAGCUCCAAGGCUCACACCAAAACCUGCAAUGUCUUGGACUACGGUGCCGUAGCCGACAAGUCCACCGAUAUUGGGCCGGCCAUUACCUCUGCCUGGAAUGCAUGUGCUAAGGGUGGCGUGGUCUAUAUCCCGGCUGGUGAGUAUGCAAUGGCGACAUGGGUCACCCUUUCUGGUGGUAGUGCGUGCGCUAUCCGACUCGACGGAACUAUCUAUCGCACAGGAACCGGUGGAGGCAAUAUGUUCAUGGUGAAGCAUACAUCCGAUUUCGAAUUCUUCAGUAGUACCUCCAAGGGUGCGAUCCAGGGAUACGGAUACGAGUUCCAUGCUAAGGGCUCCACGAGCGGUCCGCGACUCCUGAGACUUUUCGACGUGACCAAUUUCUCUGUGCACGAUAUCGCUCUCGUUGAUUCUCCCGUCUUCCAUCUCUCCUUGGACACUUGCACCAAUGGAGAGAUAUACAACAUGGCUAUCCGUGGUGGUAACAAGGGAGGGUUGGACGGGAUCGACAUCUGGAGUACCAAUAUCUGGGUUCACGAUGUAUAUAUCCCAGCCCGUUGUCCUGCAAACGUCGAGGUCACCAACAAGGACGAAUGCGUUACUGUCAAGAGUCCUUCCAAGAACGUGCUGGUCGAGAACAUCUACUGCAACUGGAGUGGAGGAUGCGCCAUGGGCUCCCUAGGCGUGGACACUGAUAUUUCCGACAUCGUCUAUCGUAAUAUUUACACCUGGAAUUCCAACCAGAUGUACAUGGUCAAGAGCAAUGGAGGCAGUGGAACCGUGUCCAACCUGGUGCUCGAAAACUUCAUCGGCCACGGCAACGCGUACUCCCUGGAUAUCGACGCCCACUGGAGCAGCAUGAGCACGCUCGCUGGGGCUGGGGUGAAUGUGAAGAACAUGACGAUUCGCAACUGGAAGGGAACCGAGACCAACGGAGCCCAGCGUGGGCCGAUCAAGGUGGUGUGUGCCUCUGGAGCACCAUGCACGGAGGUGACAAUCGAGGAUUUUGCUAUGUGGACUGAAUCUGGAUCCAGACAAACCUACUGGUGUGAAAAUGCGUUUGGAUCUGGCUUUUGUCUGAAGGAGAGCAACAGCAAUUCGCCGUACACGACCACUUUAACCGCCACAGCCGCUCCCUCUGGUUACUCCGCGCCCCGCAUGCCGAACGACCUCUCGUCUGCGUUUGGCACCGCCAGGGAGAUUCCCAUUCCCACCAUCCCAACCUCGUUCUAUCCCGGUGCCACUCCUUAUAGUGCUCUGGCUGGAGCUGCAUCUUCUUCUUCGGCCACUACCAAGGCCAAAUUCGCUCAGGGGGUCUCUGAGUCCGAAACCCGUUCCCUCCCUUCCUCCACUACCACCACCACCACCACCACCACCACCACUACAACUACUACCUCUACUACCACCACCACUACCACUACCACUGCCACCAUUACCUCUACCUUGACUGCCACAUCCUCAGACGAGUAUCCAACACAUGCACAUGCCCACGGAUGCCAUGGUUGCCGUCCUCACCACUAA